AUGCUUAGCAAAGCUGUCGCAACGGGCCUGGCCCUCGUUUCUGCGGCCUCGGCGGCAAAGCAGUGCCUCAACCAGACGGUCUCGGUCGACAUUGAAGCCCGCAAUGCCGUGUUUGCCGCCAGCACCAUCCCCCACAGCAACAUCGAUGUCACGUGGUUCAUCCAGAACAUGACCCGCCAGGGCCACAACUUCACCGACGAGGCCCUGACCGGGUACAAGACCAUCAGCGGCACGUACAACGUCAGCACCCAGUACUGCUGGAACGACCAGACGGCAUACUGGGAUCUGCCCUUCCACGACUACAACUACUCGUACGUCAACGCCGCCCUGGACGCCGGCUUCGCCACCCUCAGCUACGACCGGCUGGGCAUCGGCAAGUCGCAGCACGGCGACCCGCUCAACGAGAUCCAAAUCAACCUCGAAAUCGCCGCGCUGCGCGCCCUGACCGAGCAGGCGCGCCAAGGCCGCUUCCCCAACGUCAACGCCACCUUCUCCCGCAUCGUGCACGUCGGCCACUCGUUCGGCAGCAUCCAGUCGUACGUGCUGGCCGCGCUGCACCCCACCCUCACCGACGGCCUCGUCCUCACCGGCUUCGCCCUCAACUCGAGCUUCAACCAGCUCUUCCUCGCCGGCGGCAACUUCCAGCAGGCCUCGGCCAACGCCCCGCUGCGCUUCGGCUCGCCCGCCCUCGCCCAGACCGUCGACGACUUCCUCUUCCGCUCGAGCCCGCUGUACGACUGGCUGUCGCCGCUCGACGACCUGACGGCGGCGCUGCCGUCGCCGCCGCAGGACCUCCCCGACGGCUACAUCACCCCGGCCAACGCCGGCGCGAACCAGUACCAGUUCCUGCGCCCGCCGUACUUUGACGAGGCCAUCCUGGCCUUUGCGGAGCGCUCGAAGCAGCCCGUCACCGUCGGCGAGCUGCUGACGCUCGGCGGCGCCGCGCCCGCGGUCAACGAAUUUGCCGGCCCCGUGCUGGUCUUCACUGGCG